AUGAUUUCAUCCGUCUACAUCGCCGUGGUAACUUUCCAUUUCAUGAAAUUAUUUUAGAAGGAAAUUUUCAGCUUUUCACGGCGAUGAUUGCCGUUGUCGCCCCAAAACGUGAGUGAACCAACAAUGAAUCAAUAGUCUUUUUCUGUGUAUCACAAUAUGAACCGCACGUAAGAAGGCCUGAAUAUCCACGACCUUGCAGCGGUCAUUUUAAAAAGCAUCUGACCAAAUGCGACUUGCGGAGAAAAUUUAUUCACCAUAAAACAAAGCUUUAGGAAAAAAAAUUUGCGCUUUUUUUUUUUGGAAAAGUUCGAAUUAUCAAAAGUCAUUCUGAUCCUUCAGCCCAUCCAGUUCAUUGUACUUCUGACAAAGACUGCUUGGCCUACGCUCCACUGUAUUCAAAGUCCAGCCGUUCAUUUUCCAUCUGCUCCAUUCUGGUGGAACGCAAAGGAAGCUCCACACCAGCUGCAAAGACCAACUCCACGGAAAAGGUUCAACAAAUCUUAUGAACAGAUCUUUUUUCAACUCUUCGAAAUGCAUCAAACAGUUGAAUCGGAUUGAAAAGUUUAAAUAGGUAGUUGAAACCUCAAGAUUUUACGAAAGAUAAGUUGAUGUACUCUACAGAAUUUUCUUAUUUGAGUAAGCAGAAAAACUACUUCGAAUCUUUAAUUUCAACCUCCAGGAACGGGAAGACAUUUUUUUAUUCAAGAAUGAAACUCUGACGGAAGCCAACGAGAACCCCUCCCAUCGCACCGAAGUCGAGGAAUACGGCGUGUGUCUCGAGUUUUUUUGA